GCUUCACUGUGACUGACAGGGAAGAAGAGGAAGAAGACCGAAUGAGCAGCCUGUGUUUUUAACAUUUAGCAAUUUGCCCAAAAAUAAACGAAAUAAGGCGAAAGUUUCAUGUCUGACACGCGCAAGGACCGUUGCAAACCAUACGCCUGCCGCAUACAAGCCUGUCUAAGCAAGAAUAACUACCAGGAGGAUAAGUGCCUGGAUGUCCUGGAGGAUAUGCGCCAGUGCUGUCUAAAGUGGCAUAAGGUAUCCGUCUGCUGCAGUGGAAUCGAUCUGGAGAAGCGCUAUUUGCCAGAGGAGAAGCAACCAUCCGGCAAGUCUAAAAAAUAAUGUCCUUACCGCAAUACAAGCCACCGAAGGAAAUCCAAGACUUGCUAGACAAAAAGCAACAGCAGCAACAGGCCAACAAUCAACGCCGGCGAACGGCCGUGCUGCCC